AUGUCUUUUGAUGCAUUGUUGAGAAGGGGUGCGAGCCAUGCCUAUGACAUCGUCAUCGCGGUCACUUUUGAGCAAACCAGCGCCGCACGCGAGGCUUUCUUUCGUCGGACGUUCGAGGUUCCAAGUCCAUUUAGCUAUCAGAAAAAUUCCAUCACCGUCCAUCGCACCCUUCCUGGUACCCGCAACCAGCAACCGACACCGCGCCUAUCCACCUCCCAGAUAGACCUACCUCAGACCCCUCUUCCUGCUUCAAUUACCCCCUCCCAUCCCUCUUCUCCAGCGGAUAAUCCGACCUCCCGGUCGCUUACUCCUGCUCAAGAUAAACCGCUGACCACUGAAGAUUCCGGACCGGAGGAAUUGGCAAUGGUCAUUGACACAAACGAACCUUGCAUUAGCACUAGUCCGUCUUCGUCAAGCAGGUCGGUUGAGGCUUCCGUCGAUCAGCUCCCCUGUGGCUCGAGGAGUGAAUCAGCUCAAGCGGUUGACCAAUCGGCUCAGAUGGAUGAUUCGGCUCCAGAAGAUCAACCUCUCUGGGAACGUGUUGAUAAGAUCAAGCCCUCUGUCGAUGAUAAUGUUACCUCUCGACCGUGGUCGCCAAGCUCUUUGGUGGUCUACGAGCGUCUAACGCCAGUCGCUCCGAUUAAACCCCCACCUACUCGGCAAAAAGUACGAUCGAAGACUGUUUGGAUUAAAGGAACGUUCCAUGUUAGUCUUUCUCUGGGGACGGAGGAGAUCGACAAAGCCUCGGAGCUGAUCGAGAAGAACCUAUUCCUGCUGGGCGCGACAGCGAUCGAGGAUAAGCUACAAGUGGGCGCGCCCGAUAUGUUCUAUACCCUCCAACUGGCCGGCAUCAAGGUCUGGGUCCUCACCAGCGACCGUCAGGAAACCGAAAUCAAUAUCGGCCUCAGUUGUUGUCUUAUCUCCGAAUCUAUGAACCUCGUCAUCGUCAAUGAAGAGUCCGCUGACUUCAUCCAGAAACAUGGGAAACGUUUGGGGUUUGCUUUGGACAAGUCAACUUCCAAUAUCAAAGGAUCGAUUACGCUAGCGAUCGGUGACGGCGCAAACAAUACUAACCCACCUCCUGACGCAAUCUCAGCAGCCCGCAUUCACUCCCCGAUCAAAAAAAAAAAGAACAUCAUCCAUCGAUCCAUCUGGACUUGUGAUGGCACCCACGGUGCCUUGCCCGCCCCUCAAGGACUCUACGACCCCGACCAAGAGAAGGACUCAUGCGGUGUCGGACUUGUCUGCCACAUCAAGGGCCAACCCAACCAUAAGAUCGUCUCCGAUGCUCGCUCCCUACUAUGCAACAUGUCCCAUCGUGGUGCCACUGGCGCGGAUGCUCGCAAUGGUGACGGCGCUGGGGUGUUGACCGGAAUCCCCCAUGCGUUCUUCCUAAGAGAGGCCUCACUCCUCUCGAUCGAUCUCCCCGCCCAGGGUCGCUAUGCGGUCGGAAACGUCUUCUUCAGACCGAACCCGCCCGAAGCGCUGAUCGAGCACAAGGCCACCUUCGAAAGGAUUGCGCUUACCCACAAGCUCAAGGUCUUAGGCUGGCGUGAAUUACCCGGGAACAACUCUAUCCUCGGCCCAGCUGCCCUCAGCCGUGAACCAAUCAUCCUUCAACCUAUCGUGGUUCCAGACUCUAACGAACCGGACGCCUACUUUGAUGAAAAGGAGUUUGAACGCCAGCUCUACGUCUUACGAAAACAUGCCAGUCAUGCCAUCUCCCUCGCCGAUUGGUUUUACAUCUGCUCAUUAUCCAACAAGGUUAUCAUCUACAAGGGCCAACUCAGCCCUAGUCAAGUUUACGAAUACUACUACGAUCUCAACCAUGUCCUCUUCAAAUCUCAUUUCUGCUUGGUCCACUCUCGAUUCUCUACCAACACUUUCCCCUCCUGGGACAGGGCUCAGCCGUUGAGAUGGGCCGCCCACAAUGGCGAAAUCAACACAGUCCGUGGCAACAAGAAUUGGAUGAGGGCACGAGAGGGCAACUUGUCUUCUGAUAAAUUUGGUGAUCAAUUGGAAUCCCUCUACCCCAUCAUUGAAGAAGGCGGGUCAGAUUCCGCUGCUUUUGACAACGUCCUCAGUCGUCAAUGGCGUCAUGAAGAAGCCAUCAUGAUGCUUGUCCCCGAGGCCUGGCAAAACAACCCCAACAUGGACCCCGCCAAAACCCUUUUCACCUUCUCGGAUGGUCGCUACUGUGGAGCCAAUCUUGACCGUAACGGUUUACGUCCAUGUCGCUGGGUGACCACAGACGAAGAUCUGAUCAUCUGUGCAUCUGAAGUUGGAGCGAUCACCAUUGCACCCGAAACGAUCACCCGUAAAGGCCGUCUUCAACCCGGCAGAAUGCUCCUGGUCGAUACCCAAGAAGGUCAAAUCGUCGACGACAAAGAGUUGAAGAUGGCCACCGCUCAGAAAAAACCCUUCCGAGAGUGGAUCAACAACCAAAUGCUUCCUCGACUCUACUUUCUGAUACUCUCGAUGAAACCCGAAUCUCGGAAGAUCCUCGUCUUCUGGCCUUUGGAUAUACGCUCAAACAACUUGACUUACAAGGGUGCCCAAAUCUCUGAGGCCCGCGGUCUACACCAGACGGUAAUCGAACAAUGCUUUGUUGGGACAGCCAGUCGAAUCCAAGGCACCACUUUUGAACUCCUCGCGUUAGACACGUUUGAGUUCCACGAACGCGGUUUCCCCUCUCGUCAAGUCGUCCAGCCGCCCGGCCUACCUGAAUCCGGUGAAUACCACUGGCGUGAUGGAGGAGAAGCCCACAUCAAUGACCUGGUUUCGAUUGCCAACCUGCAAGAUGCCGUCCGGUCGAAGAACCAGUCAGCCUAUGAUGUUUAUAGCCAGAACGCCCAGAAACAAAGUGCCCAAUCAAUCCCGUUGGAGCAAGUCGAGCCUUGGCAUGAACUCGUCAAGCGUUUCUGCACCGGCGCCAUGUCCUACGGUUCCAUCUCCCAGGAAGCUCAUAGUGCUCUUGCAAUUGCCAUGAAUCGACUCGGCGGGAAAUCUAACACCGGCGAGGGCGGAGAAGAUGCUUCUCGUUCUCUCAUCAUGCCCAACGGGGAUACCAUGAGGUCGGCUAUCAAGCAGGUUGCUUCCGGCCGGUUCGGUGUUACUUCAAACUAUUUGGCCGGCACUGACGAGCUGCAAAUCAAAAUGGCCCAAGGUGCGAAACCUGGCGAAGGAGGAGAAUUACCUGGACACAAGGUAUCCGAAUCGAUCGCCAAGACCCGUCACUCGACUGCCGGGGUUGGCUUAAUUUCCCCACCACCGCAUCACGACAUCUAUUCGAUCAAAGAUUUGAAACAAUUGAUUUACGAUCUCAAGUGUGCCAAUCCGCGGGUGCAGGUUUCGGUGAAGCUAGUGUCGGAAGUCGGAGUUGGUAUAGUUGCAUCUGGUGUCGCAAAAGCUAAAGCUGAUCAUAUUUUGAUCUCAGGUCAUGAUGGUGGUACAGGUGCAUCCAGAUGGAGCGGCAUCAAGUAUGCCGGUCUCCCCUGGGAACUCGGCCUGGCCAAGACCCACCAAACUCUGGUCUUGAACAAUCUUAGAGGCCGAGUCUGUCUCCAGACCGACGGCCAGAUCCGAACCGGUCGUGAUGUCGCCAUCGCUGCCCUCCUCGGCGCUGAAGAGUUUGGUUUUGCCACCACCCCUUUGAUCGCUAUGGGCUGUAUUAUGAUGAGACGUUGUCAUCAAAAUACUUGUCCCGUCGGAGUGGCCACCCAAGACCCAGUCUUGAGGGCUAAGUUCACUGGGCAGCCGGAACACGUGAUCAACUUUUUCUAUUACGUCGCUGAAGAACUAAGGACCCACAUGGCCAAACUCGGUUUCCGGACCUUGAAUGAAAUGGUUGGGCGGACCGAUCUCCUCAAAGUGGAUGAAACCCUUCGCAACCCCAAGACAGUUAACAUUGAUCUGAGUGCGGUUCUCAAACCUGCUUGGAAGAUGCGCCCUGGAGUAGCCACAUUCAAGACCAAGCAACAGGAUCACAAGAUGUACACCCGUCUGGAUAACAAAUUCAUCGACGAAGCCGAACCGGCGCUUGCCAAAGGCCUGCCCGUUCGGAUCAAAGCCGACGUGAAAAACACAGACCGUGCCCUGGGUACUUCUUUGGCCAACCGCGUCUCAAAGGCAUACGGCGAACAGGGACUCGAACGGGACAUUAUCCAUGUCGACCUCCGAGGCUCAGCCGGUCAAUCCUUAGGAGCCUUUUUAGCCCCGGGGAUCACUCUUGAGUUGGAGGGUGACGCCAACGACUAUGUUGGCAAGGGCUUGUCGGGUGGACGUCUGAUCGUCUACCCACCCCGGUCUUCUCCCUUCAAGGCUGAAGAAAAUGUGAUCGUCGGUAACGUCUGUCUCUACGGUGCCACCUCUGGCAAGGCCUUCUUCCGAGGGAUUGCUGCCGAACGGUUUGCAGUCCGAAACUCGGGCGUGAUCGCCGUCGUCGAAGGGGUGGGUGAUCACGGUUGUGAAUACAUGACUGGUGGCCGGGUUGUCGUCCUGGGUUCGACCGGUAGGAACUUUGCAGCUGGAAUGAGUGGCGGUAUCGCGUACGUUCUAGACAUGGCGCGUGACUUCAAGAACAAGGUCAACUCGGAAAUGGUUGAACUGGGCACGGUCAAUGACCCGUCCGAAAUUGCUGAACUACGUGGGAUGAUCGAGGACCAUCGUCAUUUCACGAAAUCGGAGCAAGCUGUCCGAAUUCUCCGAAACUUCAAUGAAUUCCUGCCCCGCUUUGUCCGGGUCAUGCCCUUGGACUACAAGGCCGUCCUCGAGGCUGGUGCCAAAGCAGCCAUCCAGUCCGAUCCUCACAAAAAUAUGCCCGGUUUUGACAUCAAGGGUGAUGCAUUCAACCCGGCGGAGGACAAGGCAAAUACAAAUGUGAACGAUCAGGUUGAGAUCCCCUCGGCCACGCUCGGCCAUUCUGAACCUCCUGUGGUCGAUCUCGAGGACUCGAUGUUGGAUGCGGAGAGUGCCAAGAAGAUUGUCGAAAAGCUUGACAAGACCAAAGGGUUCAUGAAGUAUAAACGGCUCAACGAGAACUACAGGAACCCAAAGAGUCGGACGGUGGGGUUCCCUUCUGCCCAUGUCAACUUGAGAAAAAAUCAUCAUCCCAGAAGAAAAAAAAAACUGACAAGAAUAUAG